UCCGCGUAAAAAUGAUAUGAAUCUGGACCCAGCAUGUGGUGUUACAGUGUGAAUGAUAUGGAUUACAGCGGAGAGCAUACUUAGUAUUUUCUCAACACCGAUAACCAGUAUCAGUAGGAUUUCAUAUAAGUGGCAAAUUUGUCACUUUUCUAGACAUUUUAACGUGCAUCAAUGUGUUCUGUGGUGUCUUUAACAAAGGAGGAUAAAUUGUUCUGAUACAUGAAUAACAAAGGAGAGGGUUACAAUUCUUUAAAUGUUGUCUUGGAGUAUUUCCACGGAAGUUUUCAGUGAGAGGAAUUAAAUCAUACCACUGUGUAAUUCCAGGACAUCACCAUGGAAUACUUUUGCACCACUGUCGUGACUUAUUUUCUACUUUAUUGGUCUCAAGUUGUCCGUGUCUCUGCCAUUCCUCAGUACUAUAAUGCCGCACAAGAUACUUGCGUUCUGAGUUUGGUUAUUCCCAAGGACAGUAUCAAAAACAACUGUAACAACCAUGAAGCACUAAUUGCCAAAAUACAGGCACUGGAGGCCCAGCUACGACAAAUGACGCAUCAUGUUCGCGUUAUCGACACGCAGCGCAUUCAGCCAGCGAUGGCACAAUAUGCCGAUCUUGCAAACAAAGUCAAAAGCAUGGAAAAUCAAAUGAGUGCAAUGACGUUAAAAAAUCGUUACCUUGAAUCAAAAUAUCAUGAAUUUGAGUCAAAAAUUGACACUUUAAGUAGGUCAAAUUCAAGGUCAACAGAAGAUUCAGAUAGACUACUGGACCCCAUUAAACCAUUACUUAUGGCAGAGUUUCAAAUUCUAAAAGCGAACUUAAUGGAGAGUUUGGAACAGGAACUAUUCCAUAUGUAUUCUCGAAACUUUGAGGACAUAGGAUCCGCCACAGACAUGGAGGGGUUAACUGGGAACCCAGAAAAUUCGUCAUUGCAGAAAUUACUUUUAAAGGGAGAUGACUCUUUAUUUAGGUCUGAAGAACAAGAGAAUGAUGAACUGUUGGAAGUCGAUUCUUUAAAUAUUAACCAGCUUGCUCGAUCACUAAAAAAAUUAACAGGCAGAAAAAUGAAGGAGAUAGAAGAAUUUAAAAAACGUGAAACAGUAUCGGAGAAAGAAUCGGAUAAAUUGAAAAUAACAUUUAAUAAAUCUUCUAAUCUUACCGUUGAACCCAGUUCAACCACAAUGUCAGAUGAAGAACAGCGAAGAAAGAUGUCUUAUGGCACCAAUCAGUCGGAAAAUAUAUUACAACACAACAUAUCAGAAGAAAAUAUGACAACAGACGAUGAAUUUUCAAGUGAUUUGUUGUCAGCAAACUCCUCAUCAGUAACUCAAGAUACGUCACAGUCGAGUUUGACACCAAAAGAAACAAAUCAGAUAACAAAUGACAUAUCGCAACAACUGAAGUUCAUGAUACAACGUAUUGUUAACAAAGCGAUCAGACAACAUCAGGAUGAAGUUGCUAUGGCAACUCUGAACCAAGACACACAACCAAAUUGUUCUCAAUGCAACUUCACUGAAAAAAUGUCAGAGCUUGAAAUCAAGUUUACAGAACUGAAAAGAAAUCAGACCGAAUUUUAUAGAACUGAGAGAACAUCAGCUUUAUCUGCAGGACUGUUAAUAACACAACAGGUUGCUGAUUUGAAAGCUGGACUGGAAUCUCUAAACAGACGAGUGGAUGGACCUCAAAAUACCCUUCAACGAGCAUCACAUUUACAGAAUGAACUUGAUGUUUUAAAAACACAUAUUCAAAAAAAUCUUAAGGAGCGACUGGAUUCGUCCAUAACAGCUCUCGAGCAAAGAGUGACAAUUCAGGAGAGAAAUAACAAUAAAUCAAGUAGUUAUCUGAAUAUAUUUAAACAGACACUACAAAGUUAUCGUAACGAAAGUCAGCAAAUGCUGGGUAAUCUCCAACAGAAUAUUAACACAAUCCAGUCGCAAAUAAAACAUAUUAAUAAGUCACGCAACCAAAACUCCGACAUUGAAAUGCGAGUGAAUGACCUUGAGGCUGAUUUUGGUGACUUUGACUUUAAGCAAAAUGCUUUCGAUGUAAAGCUAGACCGUAUCAAAGAUAGCAUGGCACAAAAUGAUCGGGAAAUUGGAACUAAAUUCCGCUCUCUACAGCAAAGUCUCCUUCGUGACCAGUCUAGAUUUUCAGUGCUCACAAACCUGAGUCGCAGCAUUCAAAUUAUGACUGUGAAACAAACAACCAUGGAGCAAAAAGUCUCGAAAAAUGAAAUGACGAUAAAAUAUUUAUAUAUCCAACAACGACUAGAAACAGGAGAAUGGAUGGCGUACAAUUUCAGUUAUUACAGUGUUAAAAACAGCUGUAAUAAACUCCAAUAUGUUCGUCAGAAUAGUGUCUGUAGCGGAACAACUGCUAGAUUUGUUGGCGUGAUUUUGUGCUCUGAAGAUCGAUACAAAAUUUUACUUGGAAACUCUUUAGAUGAUGAGUUCUUAGACAUUGCUGAUGAGCAUGGCCAUGGUGAAGAUCAUUGUGAAUUUGUCGGUGGGACAAGAGAUACAAUCGCCCAGGUGGAAAAAGGAUUUACUUUCUUUCCUUCAUCAGAAGCAUACAUGCGAGAAAAUUGGGGUCAGGAGCCCCGCCUUGCCAAGCUGUCUUCCAUCUUGACUCCAGUUGCAAGCUGGUAUGAGUGUGGUGUGAAAAUACCCUGAAGAGUUUAUCUGACCCUCAAUACAAACUAACAACAAUGUGAAAAUAAGUCUUUGUUAAGAAUUACCAGUCAUCAUGUUGAGCUGAGUGUAACAAUGGAUCUUAUACACUGUGUAACUAAAGGACGCACAUAGGAUAUUAUUAUACCAUCAAAUAGGAAAGUGCACUGAAAAUAUGUCUUCCGAUAUAAGGGUAGAAACAAUGUGAAGAUUGUUGUAAAUCAUUCAGGAAGAUAUAUCUGUCUCGCAAAGUAAGGCGAGAUAAUUCAUUUUGCAAUACAAAUUAUUAUAAUGACAAUACCAGGGGAGAUAAAUCCGGAAAACAAAACUGACAAUCAGUGAAACAAAACCAGGUGAGAAAACACUAAAAGGAAAAGGUUGUCAUUAUCGGAGAGACUAUUCAAGGGAGAUAUAAUUCUAAAGAACAACAGUCUCUGUGAUUAUCAGUAAUCAUUGAAACUAUUCAAAGGGAGACAACUCUUCUGAAGAGAAGAUAACUCUGGUGAUAAUCAGUGAUAUUAUGUAAGAAGAGAGAACUCUUAAGAACAGAAGAUAACACUCUGAUUAUCAAAAGGACAAUUCAGGGAGAGAUAACUCUAAAAAAGAGAAGAAAUCAGAGAAGAUAAUAUUGUAAAUAUCAGUAGAACUACUUCAGGGGAGAGAAUUCUGAAGCAGAAAAAUGUUUUUUAUGGUUAUUAGAGUGACAAUUAUGUUAUAAACAACAUUAUCUUAUAUGCCACUUAUAUUAACUAUGGGGAGAUAACUCCAAAUGUGCUGUGUUGAUGAGGAAUUUCAGGGAAAGGACAGGUUUUGAAACCUGAAUGAAUUUUGAGACUUAUAACCAGGAAAAUGAACACUGAGGAUUUAUGUCAACGAUAAUAAUAAUGAUAGAAGAAUAUUUUCAUGUUUUGAAAAUACUAUAAUGUAUGCAUAGGAGAGGAAAGUGAUGCAUUAUCAUGUGGUAUGCAGAAUUUACAGAUGAUAACAGAUUUUGUAGGGAUACAUUUGAGUGAAAUUGGACAUGAUUUGUAUGUAUUUCAGUUGGUAUGUAAUGGCGCUGAUGAAAGGUGUUUGUAUAAUUAAUGAAUGUUCUGGAAAUUUAAAUUUGGAAGGCUACACGAUGGUGAUAAAAUGAAUAUUGUAUGAUCGUUAAUUUAAAGAUAUCAAAAACUGGAAUAUCUUUAAAUAAGAAAGUAACUUUUUGUACAUGCGUUGUUUAACUCAAAUUAAUAAUGACAAUAAUUUAGCAUGACCUUCACCUAAUUUAUAUGACCUUGGUUACAUAAUAAAGGUCACAAUG